GUCGUGUGACUUUAAAAUGAAUAUUAAUAUCGUUUAUCCUUUACUGGAAUAUGGCAGUCAGUGUGAGCUGUCAGUCCAUGUCCUCUGAUGCAGUUUCCCAGAAGCCGAUUGGGGCAUGGCAUUGCUGCAGCUACUUUGACACAUAGGCCCGGUGGUGGGGGUUGUGGGGGGGUAUGUGCUGCUCCCAAAACCUGAAUCCUUUCUUCUAUUCGCUCGGGCUAUUGUUCUUCAUUUCUUUUUGGUUGUCAUGCCUGGUUAGUGCUGGUAUCAUGACUUUCACAGCCACCGUUCAGCAGAGUCAUACCGCAUCUCUGUCAGAUAGGGUGCCACCACACCACCUGGCACGUCUUGGGUAUUUUCCGCGGUGUCGUUUUACCUGCAAGGUGCCGCCAGGGUGCAUGAAGGGAUGGAGGCGACUUCCCCGUCUCUCUGAUUCACCCUGCAGUUUUUACUCUGUCUGGACUGUCCCUCUUCCCUGGAAUUGAUCUGCCAGCGUCCUCUCCUUUCCCUGAAAAGUUGACCGGGGGAAGUACAUUAAGAAGUCUGUAAUGAUUAAGUGUUUGACACCUUAUUGUUACCAUAUGACUAUACAGUUUGUUCAAAGCGUAAGUGAUGAAUAAUAAUAAAUGUGCCAUAAUGUGGGUGCAGUUUGUACUGUUUCAUAUGCGUCCUUGUCCACUAGUUUUUACAGUGCCUCAUAAAUUAACCAAGUUAUGAAAGUUGACUUGGGAAGUCCAUGUUAAAUAGUCUGUAGUGAUUGAGAAGUCUUUGUCACCUUAUUGUUAACAUAUGUCUGUACAGUUUGGCCACAGUUUACUCAAUGAAUAACAAUAAUUAAUAUGUCAUAAUGUAGGUGCAAGUUCUAUAUCACUUACAUGUGCAUGUUUGACUAUUUGUUUUUAGAAUAAGCCUCAUGAAUUUACUCAGUUGUCAGUGUGGUGUUCACUAGAGCCCUGUGACCCUGCACUGGGCAAGUGGGUAUCGCAAAUGGAUGGAUGGUGUUGUGGAGGUCAAAAGAAACAGGUUCUGAUAUAGAUUGCUUGGUUUUCUGUGUUAUGUUUUUUUUUUUUGAAUUUUAAUCAUAAUAUGGAAAAGAGGAGAGGAAAUGCUGGAGUUCAUUUCACAGGGAAAGAGAGGCAGAUGUGCUUUGGGUCCCUAGACAGAUGGAUAGAUAGGAUGCUGAUUUCCCCCCCUCCUCUGAGCCCAGCAUGUUGCUUGUGGCAGAAGUCUGGUCAGGUUUCCAUGCCAGCCCCCCCAUAUGCUGUGGCUUCUAGGCUGUGAGGUCAGCUUACAGAGAUGUGAUUUUCUUCUCAUGCCAUGCGUCAAGUCAUCACUUACAGGCCUGGCCCUGUGUUUUGCGGUCACAUGCCGAAACUGCAGCUGACGCCAGCCGCCUCGCCACCCCUCAGGGUGUGUUGUCAGUGGCUGAUAACUAAACCUACGUCGCGCUCUUCCUGUAAUGUGCUCCUGACUCUAAAGAAGUCGGCAGACAUGCUUUUUUUUUGCUGGGUCAGGUCCUUCAUCAUGACAGACUCCCAAAGGAGCUGAGCAGCAAUGCUGCAUUUUACUGCGUGCUUACUUGGUGAUUUAGUUCAUAGAAGCGAUGUCCUGGGGUAGCGGAUUUCAUCCGCCUGUCGCUCCUCAAUGACACCGCUAACGGCUGAUGGGAGAGAACCUAUUCCACAAGCCCACCAUGGUCUCCAGGCUGCCAAAAUUUGGUGCCCGGCCUGCCGGUGGCACCAGCCCCAUGUUGAAUGGAUCCGGCCAGUCCACGCCUAGUGUCGAAGGGAAGGUUCCCCUUCAGGGGAAGAUCAACGGAAUGGUGCAUGUGUCGUCCCUACCCGCUCUGAAAAGGAAGACCGGUGGUGGUACUGCCAGCCUGCCGAUGCCAAGGUCGGAGCAGGACUUGGAGGAAAAAUUGGUGGCCAUGACUAGGGAGGUUAAGAAUGCCCCUGCCAUAGCCUCCCAGCCCCGACGCCUCUCACCUGUCCCCAGAGGGAACCCUCGUGGAGGUCGUGUGCAAGGUACGCACAGCAGCAAACUGAAAGGUUCGAACGGUGGCCCAGCACCGUCCCGCUCGAGCCUGCGACGUCUGGUACCUGACCCCAGCUUACGGCAGGGCCUAUCUCGGUCCAGCGACAGCCUGAAAGCCUUGUCUGUAGACAACAUGGUACGUUCACAGAGCUUCAGCCACUUCAAGCAGCUUCCCUCCACCAGCCCCUUGCCUGUGUCCCAUUCCCUGUCCUUUAGCAAAGGCCAGGCACGCUGCAAGCCUGUUUCCGGCAGGCCCUCCCCUGGCACUAAGGAUCCUGCAGCAGCUGCUGGUCUGGCGCCGCCUAGUGUUCUAAAGAAGGCUCUGCUACCCGGGAAGCCUUCGGUACUGAGCUACAAACUGACCCGGCCUUCCAUGGUCAAGCAUCCACGGCCAUCAUCAAGGCAGGGUAGCAGGGACUCCAUGGUGACGCCCCUCACCUCCCCUGAUCCUCCGAGUGACCUAGGUGGGACCCCGGAGGAAUCCCCAGGCCCUUCGGAGGCCGAGCAUAUCUCACAGUGCCCAACAGAGUUUCCGGAAGACAUGUCAUUGUCUUCUACCUCUUCCUUGGAGCAUGUCGACACCAGUGAGGAGUACCUGGACGACUUUGAUAAUCUGGGGGACUUGAACGGGCUUCUGCAGUUGCUCCCGCCCCCAAGGGAAGGGCUUCUCCAAUCACAGCCCCAUGCCCUUGUUGACAACACCCCCCCCAGCCGGCAGGAAAGCACGCCCAGCCAGACGAGUCUCCACAGCUUGCUGUCCGACAGUGUGGAUUGGGCAGAGAUGGGCUUGACAGGGGGAGACAAUGACUUCAGGCUGCCGAACUGCCACAACGACCAAGCCCUGUCCCCGGACGUGGGCUACCCACACGGCUCAUCUUUAGACCUCUCCCCCUCGGACAGCUCUGGGGGCACCUACAUGUGGGACGAGGAGGGAUUGGAGCCCCUCGGGGUCCCCGCGCACCCCUGCGGCAGCUAUGACUCUGACAUCAACAGCAUGGACAUUUUGAACAACCUAGACAACCUGGAGUCAUGUGACUUGGAGGAGGAUGACCUCAUGCUGGAUGUGGAUCUCCCCGAAGACUGCUCACUGCACAGCGAUGCGGACAGAUCGUCCUGCACGGAGGGGCCAGGCGACCCGGGGCUAUGGGGGCGGCCUGGGCAGGGCCACGCCUCUGACAGAGAAUCCGUGUUUCCGGAGCUCGAUAUCUACUCCGCACUGGGAGUGGACCAGCCUGCCGGAGGCUGCGCGCCACGCUGCACCAGUCCAUCCGGCAUCGAAGCGGAAACGCUGUGGGACAUGGCCCAGGACUGCUCCUCUGUCAAGGCCCAGCUGCUCCACCUGAAAGGGCUGCUACAGAGUGAGGCUGAGGACACAAUACAGGAGGCUUUGCAGUCAGAAGUCCGGAGUCUAGAACCAAAUAAAGAGUCCAGUGCUGCCUUCCAGGUGGAGGCGCUGUUGAGGGAGGUUCAGGACCUGAGGGAGGAGCUGAGGAGUAAAGAGGAAACCAUCUUGCUGCUGACUCAACAAAUGUCUGCGUCUGUGCAAGCCGGCAGGUGUACGUGCCGGAGGAGAGACUCGGGAGAGAGACGGAGCAGCAGCGACAAGGCAACGCAGACGCCCUGGACACGGAGUGCGCCUCAAAUACUACAGCCUUCAGGCCCCUGGAUCAGCGAGCACCUUGUCCAGGGAGCAUUAGCUGGAGAAGCUUCUUUACUAGACCCCGGAGAACCCUGCUCAUUCCCGCCGUCAGAUGGGCACACGCCAGGGAGUCGGCCCCGCUCCCCCCUCGCCCCGAAUGCCGCCACCGAUGCCCCUUCGGAACCAGGGCUCUUCCAACCCCGCCAGCUUCUUGAGUCGCCUCCCAAGACGGAAGAGGCUGGGAACUCUGUCUCAGACUCUGGUGUGGCUGUGAGGUCCCUCGUUAGGUCCCAGGCAGAUGGGCCACCUCCAGAUGGCAGUGUUCGCACCACCUCACGGCGCCUCGCCCCAGCACGGGGAAUGCUUGCCUCCAGGCUGCCCACCUCAGGGGGCGCUAGGAGUAUUCCAGGGCCUCAUUUGAGGACCAAGCAGCUGCUGGCCCCCUCCAGAGGCUUGCCCAGUUUUACUCCCAGGCUUCAGACAUCAGGAUCCGCCCUGCCUGUCGCCACCUUCGGGACCCCCCGGCCUCGUGGGCUCGGAGUGGGCUCGGGGGGCAGGGAAUCCGAGUGCUCCUUGGCCAGAGCCAAAGGACCGACCUUUCCCCCCCACUCCCGUCUCCCCAAACCAAAGAUGCAUCAGUAGUCUGACUGGCAAACCCAUAACACCAGAAACAUGACCUGAAACCCUCACAGAACCCUGCAUGUCAGAUAAUGAGCUCCUGCCCAAGCAACAGGACAACCAGUAUUCAGAAGAUCAAAACCCCGCCUUGCUGCUCUCAUUUAUUCCCUUAAUGUUUGACUGAACGAGCGGGAGAAUCUUAGCCAGAGUGAGACUCGAAUUGUAAAAAAUAAACAAUCCCUGUGAAAAUCGCAGCACAGUUGAGCACUCCCUCUCGAAUGUGGGAGAGGCGAAGGCUGGGUCAGUUGUCUUCUGAGUGCAGUUAAUUUGUUGCCUGUAGAUAGCUCUGCAGUUUAUUGACGGUGAGCUGUUUCUCUGUUCGGGGAGGAGGGGCCACAGGCCAGCUGUUUCCUGAAACACUGAGUACAGUUUCCCUUCAACUGCCGCUCCUCCCAAAGGCCUUUGACUGAACGGUUUCCAAUCGAUGUUUUUUUUUUGACACACUACUCGUUGUGGGGUAAGGUGGUGAAUUGCCACAGAGGACAGUGAAGUAGCUCUGAAGUGACCCUCUCCUGGACGCGUAGGGCCAAACAUAAGAUGUGUUAAAUGACUCGUUCCAUGCCCCGCCGAAGAGUUCCUGAUUUGGAGUGCAUUCCUUCAGCAGCCUGUUCUCACUUCUAGCUGGUGUGGCCUUCCAGAUGCUUUCGAGAGCUUAGCCAGUAUUGUGCUGUAGGGGGGGAAACGGGCAGGUAAGAUUGUAAAAAAAAAAAAAAAAAAACUGUGGUGUACCACCUGGGGGGCUCCAGCGUUCCACAUUCUUUCUCGAAGUUCAAAACGAAAAGUAGAUUGGUGUUUCCGUUGGAUAAUUGGUGUGCAAGACGUUGUCUAGAAGACUUCUGUCCCUAUGCUGGUAGUCAUCACCUCCCAUUGGUGCGAUGCAGUACAUGUUGGUCACCGUCCGCUCAGAUGCCUCUUCCCAAUGCCCCUUUGACUAAACUAGAUGCCUCCCAUGUGACCGAUUCCGAAACGUCGACCUGCGAGGUGCAGGAGUUCGCCGGAGGCUGUGGUUCAGCCCAGUUGAGCCUCAGAUUUUGUCCCUGGUCUGACCCCCUCCUAGCCCCUCCCACCCCGGGGAUAGCAGAACCGUUGAGGUAAAGCAGGAGUGAGUCACGUCGAUGAGUCUGACUCACUAGUGGAGCACAUAUUAAACAGCACUGAAAUAGCAAACAUUCAUUUGUCAUUGAAACACACACAGAACACGCUAAAUACAUACAAUCAACCUCUCAAAAGGAUUUCCGCACGGGCCCAGCGGUAACUGGGGAAUCGGCUUGUACCCUAAACAUUUCGCUUUCAUCUUGCUCUCCAGUCCUGCGCCCUCAAACGCUUCCUCCUAUCUCCCAACAUCACUCUGUGGUUAUGAGAUGCGCAGGAGGCGACCUUAAUGAAAGCCACAGUGUGUACAUCCCUGGUAGCUCUCGAUUUUAUUUAUUUUUUUUAAAACCCCCCUUUAUUGUGUGCCAAGGAUACAUACAGCCAAGGUCUGAUGUCCAAUUGGCAUUCCGCUGCUCCUGCCCGUCAGACGGGUCCUGUUGAACUUCAGGCCAAGCAUGUGUGUGUGUGGGGGGGGGGGGCUGCUCCAUCACGUUGAAAUCUUAACUGUAGUCAUCAGAAUUCCCUGGGUGCCGGUGGUAGGUCGCUCUGGCAAGCACCACGCGGUCCUGAACUUCAAAGUGUGUAUAUGCAGCUGAGGCGGUAGGGAGAAGGAUGCCCGUCAUUGGCAGAGGUCAGCAUUGGCCAUGCUUCCCGCUCCAACGUCCUAGUGAAGGAUCUGAGUCAGGAGCACCCCCACCAACCCUCCCUUCCCUCCCCUCGCCGUGGCAUUCUGCCAGCUCUGAACAAAUUGCCUGACAGAGUCCCCUCAUCCUGUCUUGUCUCCAUCUUUGAAAAAGGCUCGCUAAGCAUACUUAUCCCUGUGUCGCUGUUUGUACCGCCUCUAUAAUCCUGCCAUCCCGGUUCGGUCGCCCUGACCGGCGGAGGUGGCAUGCUCUCGAAAGGCCCGUAGCAGCCGCCGAUGAGCAGUUUUGCCUGGAACCGGGCCCAGCCCUGCCUGGGAUGGGGGCUGUUAUCAAGAAUAAUUAGCGAGGAGCUUGUUAACCUCUGCAUGAUAAUCUCAGAAGAAAGGUUUUAUCAUUAAAGCAUUUCCACCUGCCUUGUUGCAUUUCAGCUGCAAACACACCCCCCCCCCACCAAACACACACACACACACUUUAGUGCUCUGAUCUGCGUUUUCUCCCCCCUCCUCUGCAUCCUUUGUCACCCCACAUGGCAAGGUAAUCACCCACUGCAUCAGCAUAUAAGGCCGUAAGCAUAGAGACAAUAGUUGCCCACCCCCCAAUCUACCUGAUCCCGUCUUUUUCUUAAGUAUUUUUUUUAAACCAGUCUUGACCCCCACCCCCCAACCCCCCCGAGAAGGUCUUAGGAAAUCUUUGUGGUUUUAGGAGGCUCGUUUACGGCAAUAAAUGAUCAUCAUCAUUAUUGGUUUGUUGGGGUCAGUUUGUUCCUGGUUUAUAGUUCCUGGUUUAUAGCCUUUUGGACAAACGUGUAUGUAUGGCAGCCUGAGCGAGCUUUAAACGCCCUCUGCAAAGGCACAGAAUGCAGUUCAAGCUGUGCUGCUCUGCUGCCUGCUGUCGCAUUCGCAUCGCUGUAUACAAUCGUAUAAAUAUAUCAGCUGCAUCACACAGUGAUGCGUUUAUCGUAUCCAUGGUUCUAUGUUGAAGGUUCUGCUGUGGAGGACUGGUAAGCCUCUCGGCAGCAUGCAGUAGUUUUCUGUGUGAGAUGACUUUCCUCACCAUUGCAUGUCAAGGUGGGUCGUGUCAGUGGUCUGGCAGGGUGGCUAGUGAGGAGGGGGCUGAUUACGGCCAGGCUGUGUCCCCUGCGGUCUGCCUGGGACCCAUCUGUGGCCUCCUGGUUCACUUUAACUGCUCAGCCCACCAGUUCCUGCAAGUGCACGGUGUAGACGGUCUGGGCUGACGGUCGAGGCUGCCGGUGUCUCGUGGGGCCGUGUUUGUCUCUGCUGUUCUUGCUCGAGAUUAAUCUCUAGGCCGUUUCUCUUUUCCCUGUUAUUUAAGAGUUUCAGCCAGAAAUGGCUAAUAGUCCAAUUUACAACAUAUCAACCAAAACAGCGGGAUAUGCCUGGAAAUCAUUAUCGUUUAUCCCUUUAUGCUUAUUAUCAUAUCAUUAGGGACUUAUUUACUAUUUUGUACGUGUUUCCCUGGCAGUGGCGGGCAGCCAGGGCCCUCGUACCUGUCACUCACACCGGCACCGAGGUCAUCCUCAUUUGUUCCGUUUCUCCCCUGGGGCCACAGACAGAAACCAUAGUAACGUCAUGGAUGAGUUACCACGGACAGCGGGGGAUUGACCAGUGCUGCAGUGCCCCUCCCCUGGCCACAGGGCCUGGUGUCCACUCAUCAACCUAUGGGACAUAGGCCCCCCCCCCGCUGAAGUCCACAUGACCUUCUGUGACCGUCGCUCUGUUCACAUCCUGUUUAGCGACCUUACCGGUAUUACGUAUGUACAGGCCUGAUGUUUCCUCUGUGUUUACCUGCCCACCCCCCCGCAGCCGGCCAGCACCAUGCUACGCUAUGCAAGGCCGCACUCACAGGGCCCCAAGGUUCACGUGUACCAGGAUUCCCUUCGCCGUUGUCGCUGGAUACCGCAUCGCAGUCUCUAAGAUGUGCGCCUACUCAUUAGUAACUGUACUGCCACCUCUGCUGCAUUCUCAUAUCUUCCGAUUGUAAAAAUUGUGCAAUACUGUAAGAAACCUGACUACACGCUCUAAUGAUAAGUAUGUAUAGACAUUGACGUCCUACAUGUAAUUGUCUGUAAUUUAAAGGAAACUCGGAUGCACUUUAAAUGAUGUGUGGAGAUGCUGGUGGAGAGCAAACAUUAAGCAUAUUAGACUAAUUUGUUCUUGUUUUGUUCUGGUCUGUGUUUGUGAGCAUAAAUAAAGAUGGCAGCGAAUGAGA